AAAUCACAAAUUAUCCAUACAAAUUGUUAAUUAGAUUGGGAGAAAUUAGAAUUAGGGUAGGGUUUGGAGAGAGUAGGCGACAGAAUAUGUGUGAGCGGGUAUUCAUGGGUCGUGUACCUCUAAACCCAAACCCAACCCAACCGGGUGAAAGUGUAACGCGCUUAAACCCAAACCCGGGCCGGUAUCCAAAACACGAGUUGGGGGAAAUUAGGUCCCAUUCGGCGGGAGGAUUGGUUCUUCUGUCUCCUACAGGGGUGAUCAGUAUGGCCACGGGUGUGCAAAUUGCGGGUAUUGAUGAUCCGAUGGUUGUGGAACUGUUGGUGCUUCGGGAGGCUAUGCUUUGGUGUCAGGGAUUGGGCCUUACUGAUGUUCGUUUUGAAGGCGACGCCAAGGUCAUUAUUGACAAACUCAAUCGGGGGGAUCAUGGAGAUAACAGGAUGGGUGCUGUUCUUGAAGAAAUUGCUAAUUGGCUCCAUGUCCUGCCUAGGUUUAGCAUUCGGUUUGUAGGUCGGCAUAGUAAUAAGGUAGCCCAUUUGGUGGCUAGAAAAGCCCUUUCUUUGUACCCGGCCAUGAGUCGUUCUUUUGAUUUUCAUACCUGGCUGUCUUCCAGGGUGUAACUGCCUAUUUUUUGAAUCAAUAUAUGAUUAUCUUUUGUCAAAAAAAAAAGAUUGGGGGAAAUUAGAAUUAGGGUAGGGUUUGGAGAGAGUAGGCGACAGAAUAUGUGUGAGCGGGUAUUCAUGGGUCGGGUACCUCUAAACCCAAACCCAACCCAAUCGGGUGAAAGUAUAACGAGUUUAAACCCUACCAUUGAGUUCGGGUUUUGUUGUCAUCCCUAAUGGUGAUGGUAGGGGUGAAUAGGUGGGUGACCCACAGAUCCAGGGGCGGAGCUAGGUGAGGGCUUAGGGCCCCCCCCCCCCCAGAAUUUUAGAACUUACGUAUAAUUUGUACGAAAUUUGAAAAGUUACGUAUAAACAUAACAAUAUUUAUAAAUACUUACGCGUGCAAAAUUUGGUCACAUGUACAUGCCAGUCUAACGGUGAAGUCUUAACUCUGCAUCUCAAUUGACCCGAGUUUUUUUUGUUUGUUUGUUUGACAAUGGCAGUUUCAUUAAAACUGAGAAGUGUACAAAGUGGGUAAAAACCCAGAGGAAAGACAACAUACAAAACCAACAAAGAAGGAGAAAAGCCCAAACACACAGGCCCAAAAAUAAGGGAAAAAAUCCAAAAGUACCACUGUUUAAAAAAAAAUUCCAAAAAUACCACCCAACCCCAAAAAAUUCCAAAAAUACCACCCUUUUUCAAAAACGCCACCCCACCCUGCUGUUUACACUAAAACCGUUUGUCCGGGGCGCGGUAUUCUAUGCAAACCGCGGGCCUAGGGGGCGGUUAUAAAAAAAAAUUGGACCAAACCGCUGGGUGGGGUGGCAGUUUGGCCUAAAACCGCCACCCCACCCAGCGGUUUGGUCCAAUUUUUUUUUUUCCGAUCAACUCCUAACUUCGGCCGAAACUUCAAACGAACGUAACUUUGCACUCGGGUAUCCGAUCGUAGUGAAUGUUUUUUCCAUUUCGCAUAACUUUUCAAGAUCUACAACUUUUACUAGGAUGAAAUUUUUAAAACAGGAACUAUUUGUGGAUAUACGAGACCUUGGGAAUAACCUUACCUUUACUUUUCACAAAUCCAUGUACAUUUUGAAAUUAUGAUUAUAUUAAUAGUUGUAGAUCUUGAAAAGUUAUGUGGAAUCAAAAAAAAUUCAUGACAUUCGUAUUUUGGAGCACAAAGUUAUGGCCGCCCAAAGUUUGACGAAAUCAAAAAAGGCUCGUUCGGGGUGGCAAAUGACGUUUUUUCGAGACGAAGGUGGGACCCGGCGGUUUACGGCUUGCAAGAUCUCAAAAAGUUAUUCGGAUUCAAAAAAUGGAGGCCGCAAACUUUUUGAGAUCUUGCAAGCCGCAUACCGCUGGUUCUCGCCUUUCGUCAAACUUUGGGCGGCCAUAACUUUGUGCUCCAAAAUCCGAAUGUUAUGAAUUUUUUUUGAGUCCUCAUAACUUUUCAAAAUCUAUAACUUUUAAUAUAAUCAUAGUUUCAAAAUGUACAUGGAUUUGUGAAAAGUAAAGGUAAAGUUAUUCU